CUCGCAGUUGAAGAUACCCCAUACCCCUCAUACGGAUUAUCACGGCUGAUAUCGUGGUUGUUUGUAAUAUACGUCCCCCCGCAGUAUACAUCCCCUCCGCGCAAUCGUCGCCCAUCAUGGGGCAAGCAAACUCCGCUGUCAUCGACAAGAUCGUCGAAGGAACGAAUUUCGAUCAUGAUGAAGUCGAUCGACUACGAAAACGGUUCAUGAAACUCGACAAGGACGGUUCCGGCACGAUCGAGCGCGAUGAGUUCCUGUCGCUCCCACAAGUAUCCUCAAAUCCGCUUGCGACACGCAUGAUUGCGAUCUUCGACGAAGACGGUGGUGGCGACGUGGACUUUAAGGAGUUCGUCUCCGGGCUGAGCGCAUUCAGCUCUAAAGGAAACAAGGAAGAGAAGCUACUGUUCGCGUUUAAGGUCUAUGAUAUCGAUCGGGAUGGAUACAUCAGCAAUGGAGAGCUGUUUAUCGUCUUGAAGAUGAUGGUGGGGAGCAAUUUGAAGGAUCAGCAACUACAACAGAUCGUAGACAAGACGAUCAUGGAAGCGGAUUUAGACCGAGAUGGUAAGAUCAGCUUCGAGGAGUUCACCAAGAUGGUGGAGAACACAGAUGUGUCAAUGAGCAUGACGCUAGAUCAAUUUUAAUGCAUUGCCUUGGAUUAUGAAUAGCACUUGGCAGUUGGCACAUUGCUUUCAGCGUAUCUAUCCCUUCGAAAGAGAUCAUGCGGCGUUGCGUUCUCCCUGUUCUGGAGUCUAUCCAUACCACUACAUGGCCAUUUAUGAGCCUGCUGAGCUGGCCUCGGUUUGAAGGAUGGGCGUAAUAUGGAUUGGAAUACUUCACUCAACCUGAAUGGUACAAAAUUGAUGGAGUAGAUGUUAUCGAGCUUCGGUUGAUAUCCGCACAUUUUCCUUUAAUGAGAGCGAGAUCUGGCGAAAUGAAUGAAAGAG